AUUUGUCACAACAAUUCUUGACAGUAAAAUAUGAAAAUUUGCGCCGAACAGAUCGUCGUAUGAUUGCAAGCUUUGCUCUCAAGCUGUAUAAAGAAGAUUUCAUAAAUUAAAAAAAAAAGAAAUUUGCGCGUUGGUAAUUAUUGAAAGUGUGAAUUAAAGGCGAAGAAUUCUACAUGGAAUAAAAAAAAAAUAAAAUCAAAAUAAAUUACGAAACUAAGAAACAAGUGUUGAAACGACAAUUUGCUGUGAUAAUAAAUCGAACAUACAAACUCGUGAUUUUUUUUUUAAAUAAUUCAAUAAAGCAUUUUUAAAAUUGAAAAAAUUUAAGAAAAAGCUCCAUAGGCAAAAACAGUUAUAUUGUACGAUAAACUAUUAGUGCUUAAUUUGUUUUUGGUGCUAAAUGUGCAUAUUUUCCAGUACAUACAUAUUUGUUUGAAUCUACUUGUAUUUACUGUAAGGCGUGCCAACGUAAAUUCUUUUAAAAAUAUUACAAGGACAUUGCAAUACAAAUUGAUUUGAUUACUCUUGAGUUUGAAGAAUUCGGAACGAAACUUAAACAGCAGCAAUGGCAAAACUCCUCACAAUCGCCUUAUGCUUAUUGGCGCCACUGGCCAGCUUUAAUUUUUACGUUCAUGCCCAGGAAGGCGUCAACAAUUACCUGGACGUAGAAACGCCAAACUUUUUCCAAUACAAUUCACCACUUCGACGACCAGAAAGUCUACGUUCACCACAAUACUUUGAUUUCCUGAGCACACUCUAUCGACGUGAUGCUGCCAAAGCGGAUCUCUUUCGUCCAUACGUGAGGUCUCGACGUGCCGUUGCUGAUGCACCGCUAACCGUGCCCCUAGACGUGUCGCUAUCACCCGUUGCCGCCGUUGCUGCAUCUGGUGCAGCACCAUUAGAUGAGCGUCCACGUCGUGCCAUUGUCUUCCGGCCGUUGUUCGUCUACAAGCAACAACAGAUCCGUAAAGAGGAGUUGUCAAAGCGUCGUCGCCGUGUGUAAUGCAGUUGCUGAUGGACGAUAAUAGUUGUGGGUCGUUGCCUUUUUGAAUUUUCAAUAAUAUAUUUAUGUAUGUAAUAACAUUUUGUUGUUGGCCUUGCUUGCCAUUUCUUGCAUUCAUUUGUUCUUUAAUAACUUUUAUAUAAUUUAACAUAGACACAAAUCACUUUUGUUUGCUUAUCUUUUUCGAGUUAAAUUAAUUGAAGCAAAGAAGGGAGAAAUUAAAAAACAAAAA